AUGGAGGAUCCAAACCUUAUUAUGACAAUAACAGGACCGGCGGGACAUCCAGCCGAGUGCAUCAAACUUCCCCACAAUAGCUCACGCUACAUUACCCCGCUAGGGGACAAUCAGGACACGCGAAGCCGGAGUCCUUCUGCUGAAUAUUUUGAAGAGGACGGCAACGACUCGGGGUACAAUGACGAACCUCGGGGGAGUCUACAGUUAACCUUCAAUAAUCCACCAAAAGAUAUCACCCGGGGAUUCGUGUUUGGAACCGAAAAGAAGAUAUGUGAUGUCUUGCUUGCCAGAAGGAAGAGACAGGGUAUAAGCGGAGUUCAUUUUUGUAUCACAUUUGAAAGUGAAAAUCAUCUUGUGUUGAGAGACAUAUCAACCAAAAAUACUGCUGUCAGUUAUAACCGCUGGGGGGAGAAGUACAAGCGGAGGGGUUUCAAGUGGAUUCUAAAUCUCGACAACGAGCCACGGAAAAUCAGCAUCCAUCUCUUUGAUGGCUUCCGUCUUGACAUCACACUACCAAACCACGCUUCCUGCCUGAAGGAGUACUAUGAGAAUGUGAACUCUUAUGUGAAAGAGAGUCAAGAUUCCGUUCUCGCUCUUGGUGGGCUAAACGUACCUAGCCAAGACCCAACUCGACAACGGACUCCCUUAGACGACCCAAUCUAUUUCCCCCUACGCAUUAUUGGAAGUGGCACGUAUGGGACAGUUUGGAAGGUUAUAGAUGUGAGCACCGGGAUCUCAUAUGCCUCCAAGAAACUUCAUUCUCCUGUCGAUUUACAGGAAAGGGCCGAAAACCAGAUCGAAGCGAUAAAGACCGCCAGGGAAGAGUUCGAAAGUGAAAUGCGGAUAAUGAAGUAUCUUGUGCAUGACCAUAUUGUUCAGUUUGUGUGCUCGACAGUAGAUCCGUUGCAGAUCAUUAUGGAAUUUAUGCCACUGGGAAAUCUAAGAUACCAGCACAAGGUUGACCCGAUCGACACCUCAGAAAUCCAACUGCUUCUUGCCCAAGCGCUGGACGCUCUUCGUUUCAUGCAUUCCGCAAAUAUCACACAUCGAGAUGUCAAACCAGAAAAUAUCCUCGUUGGUUCCAGAAAAGACUCCUUUAGUAUUAAAUUAAGCGAUUUUGGGUUUUCUAAAGUUGGUAGCAGUCUCAAAUCGCAUCUUGGGACACCAGCUUACGAGGCACCUGAACUCUCACUAUACAAGCGCCAAAGUAGAAACUACGACAGCAAGGUUGAUAUCUGGGCUCUCGGGGUCGUCAUUCUCGAAUACACCUAUGGUGUGCCGACAACACACUGUGACUACCAUGAGGCCGUCGCAUCCGCCGCCGAGGAGGCACUAACUAGUCACCCAAACAGCCGGUUCUUUUUCAUGUUGUCCAGAAUGUUGCAGGCUGACCCGAGAAACCGGGCAUCUGCCAUCGAGCUUUUUGAGGGGGAACCCACAAUUGAUUUUAGCUCAGAAAAUAGUGGAGGAACUUCGGGUUCGAUAACCCCAACAAAUAAUCGUAGCCCUUCUAUUCACGCAAGCGGAGUCUCAACACCCCUAGACAGCGUACGGCAAGUUCCAGCGGCCAACAUCGAGCCAUGCACGCCAAAACGGCAACGAUCGUGCACUAAUUCCAGUGCCCGUCGUGUCAAGCGCCCACGAAAUCUGACAAACUCUGACACUCAGGGCCAGUUUCAAAGCGACAAAACGGUGAAAAACGUUGGAAUUGCUGCAAAGGCCCAAUGUGAUGCUGGAAGUCGUAGGUGCCUCGAAAAUAGUUACCAAGCCGAUGAUGCUGGCGACCUUGAUUGUAGGCAAUCAGAUGCAACCGAUGGGAAACACGACAAUGCAAGUCCAGGCUUGACGAGUAGAUCCGAGAAACAAAGGGAGCGCCAGGCGGAGUCCUUGACAGUUCCGUCUUUGGUGGAUAAGAAGCGACGGCAUGAUCCCAGCGCAGGCGCUGCUCAGCCGUUGUCGGGUCAAUCACGGAACACGGGCGUCUCUACCGUGGCCGCUUCGCUGACGAGUAAUAAAUCAUAA